AGAACCGUGAGAACAUGACGUCACGAAAAGAUCCCGCCGAGGAAGGCGAAAAAGGGACUGAGUUACCAGCUAUCGUGCUAGUAGCAGGAAGCGAGCGGCGUAUCACACAGAUCGCGAGGAGAUCCGGACAGACCUCCCCUCCCCCGCAUGUUCACGAGAUGCUCACCAAGCACUCCCGCUCUCUGUGUUCCCGGCAGUAUCCCACGUGCCGGCAAGAGCAACAUAGGCUUGGAGCAUAUAAGGCUAUUGCAACACGGCACAAGUCUGUCAUUCCUUCAUUCCUUCGUGGAAGCAUCGGCAGUCGCUCGUCGAAGUCUGUUGUGGAUUCGAGCCUCAUGGAACCGACGCAUGCUCGGUCCGAUCCUGAGGCGGGGAGACAUCUUGAAAGUGAAAACGCCGAAACUUCAAUCGGAAUACCUGCGGAACUUUCGGAUGAGGAUGUGGAAAAAGACGAUGAGGAGCCGAAGAAGCCACUACCGCCAUGGAAACGACAUCUCAUUAGCAUCGGGAAAUUCUUUGGAAUUCUUGUGUGCCUCUACUUCUUCAUUUGUUCUCUGGACCUCUUAGCCUCUUCCUUUCGACUUUUAGGCGGUAGAGCCGCCGGCGAAAUCUUCAAGCAGGAUGUGUUACAGAACCCUGUUGUUGGGGUGGUCAUCGGGAUCUUGGCCACAGUUCUCGUCCAAAGCUCAUCAACCUCUACCUCAAUCGUCGUUUCCAUGGUCACCUCAGGAAUCAUGGAAGUGAGGCAAGCAAUACCCAUCAUCAUGGGAGCUAACAUUGGGACGUCGGUGACGAACACGGUCGUUUCCUUUGGUCAAGUUGCCAACCGGGAGGAGUUCGAAAGGGCUUUUGCCGGUGCCACAGUCCACGAUAUGUUCAAUUGGCUCACUGUCAUCGUUCUGCUGCCAAUCGAGCUGAUCACGCGUUAUUUGGAGACGCUUAGCGACCUGAUGACGAAACAGAUCCACGCGAGCCGAGACUCGGAUAUUAAAAUGUUGUCCGUUCUCACGGAACCUUUCACUGAGCGCAUUGUGCAGCUCGACCCGAAUGUUCUCAAUGGCUGGGCGGGCAUCCCGGAGUACCAAGAAUAUGCGACUGUCAACACUCUGCUGAAGAGUUGCAAUUUUGAGAAAUGCGGGUAUCUGUUCGAGGGUGCGGCGCUCGCAGAUUCGGGGAUCGGAGCCAUUCUUCUCGUAAUCUCUCUUAUCCUCAUGAUAGGCUGCCUCCUCAUACUCGUCAAGAUCCUCAACUCUAUUCUUCAAGGAUCCAUAGCUACUGCGGUCCGGAAGUACGUGAACUCGGAAGUGCCUCACGCCCCGUUCUUGGCCGGUUACAUAGCCAUUGCCGUGGGAGCGUUCGUCACCUUCAUCGUCCAGUCCAGCUCUGUGUUCACUUCGACCCUUACUCCUCUGGUGGGAUUGGGGGUCGUCUCUUUGGACAGGAUGUACCCUCUCACUCUGGGUUCAAACAUCGGCACGACGUCCACGGCUAUAUUGGCCGCUCUUGCUUCCGAUUCUAGAACGCUUAAAUAUGCCCUUCAAGCAGCUUUCUGCCAUCUCCUUUUUAACCUUUCUGGAAUUCUUCUCUUCUACGUGAUCCCCUUUAUGAGAUUCCCCAUUCCGUUAGCCAAACUUUUGGGACGAACGACGGCGAAAUACCGUUGGUUUGCAAUCUUCUACUUGAUCGUCAUGUUUAUCCUCGUUCCCGCGUUCGUGUUCGGCUUGUCUUUGGCCGGAAGCUAUGUUCUAAUGGGUAUAGGUAUCCCAUUGCUCAUUGUUAUUUUCGUUGUCAGCCUUAUUAACCUUAUCCAAGCCAAAAAGCCUCACAUCUUGCCUCCCAAACUCCAGAAUUGGGACUUUUUGCCUAUUUACCUCCACAGUUUCCAACCGUACGAUGACAUGUUCAUGAGAAUACCUUGCUGCCAUAAGUGCCGGAAAGCAAAAGAGGAAAGCGAAAAGGUCCCCGAAAAAAUGCCUCCAUCGAGCCAUGUUGAACACGAAUAGCCAUGUACCUGAUGAAUGUAAAGUGCUUUUAAGAUUUUAUAGUGUCGUUAUGAGUUUUGAACAUUCUUUUAUUUGAUCUCAAACGAACGGUCCUCUGAGAUCUAUCCAGCUCCCAAAGAAGAUAAAUAUUUUAAAAUACUUGUGAUAUGAAUACCAUGGAGCUUCCGGUGAGGAUCAACGCGAAGAGGAAAGCUGUGAAGUAAGGGUUCACUGAUUUUUUUAAAUUUAGGAUGCGACUGCACAGAUUGUUUCAAAUUGCACAUUUUUACGGAAAAUUUUCCCGCAGUCCAUAUCAACCCUGCUGGAUCAGGGACAAGCACAUCACGCUUUUUUGUAGGCUUCCUCAUCUUCAUAUCGAAUGUUAAGGGAUCAGGUGGGUGUCCUACUUGUGUUACCC